GCUCUCGGCGUUAUUCCACGUUGCGAUCCUACGAAAUAGACUUGUUGGUCAACCAUGUCGUCUGGAUUCGGCCUGAACGGUGGGCGAGGGAGGUGCUUCCCCUUCUGGCAAGAGUUUGCAAAGUGUUACGUGCAAAGUGACUCGCCACGCAAAGAAUGUACAAACCAAUUUGAAGACUAUCAAGAGUGCCUGUACCAUCGUAAAGAGCUUCUUCGAUUGUCAAUUGUGCAAGAAGAAUACGAAAAGGAAAAGCAGCGAAAGGCGGAGGGAAAGGACGCAACAGUGCCGGCGAAAGCGUAGAGAAUCUCAUUAGAUACGACACAUACUGGAUUUCUCCAUUGCGACGACGAUGGGAUCGGGCCGGUUAAGGGCGGGACUAACGCUUGUAGAAACUGUUAACCUUGUUGGAACGUAAUAAACCAUCGUAUAUAUCACUUUGAAUCGAGAAAUGGGAAUGGUCAACCGAUCGGUGGGAGAGGCUGUGGAAGUCAUGGCGAUGGUCACAGUGCAACUACACGGAAAGACAUCCACCCAUUUUUAAUGUCUACUAUGCAAAACCAGAAUGGAUGGAUAUGAAUAUAUGUUGAUAUGAGCGGUCUAUGUCU